AGGAGGGGUGCAGAGAGAAGCGAAGACGAUGGCGAUGGUUGAGAUGGUGAACAUUAUUGGGCUAUUCAUGGUGCUUAUGUUGCUUCUCAUCACCCUCAUCAUCCUUUUCGCCUGCAAGCCAUGGCGAUACUUUUCUCGUUUCCGAUCCUCUCGUUUUUCUUCUACCUUCAAGGUGGGGGAUUUGCAGAGACCACUUAUAUCUGAUGAUGGAAAUUUGAUCCAAGGCCAAACCAGUGAGGUAACAAGGGAAUAUGAUUUAGAGGGAGCUUGCUACCAAAAUGAUGGACUUUUGCAUUCAUCUCUGACUGAGGGACGGUUUUACAAACAAAGGCUUCCUUCAUCAUCUCCCCAUUUCACCCAAGGUGAAAGCUUCAUUCUAGAAGUAAUUUCUGAACCUUCUGACAAUGCUUUGGUGGGCCAAACGCUUAAACUUCCAGCUGAGAAAGGUUCCUUGACAGAAGUGCAAACAUAUGACUGGCAGAAUAACAGAAAUGAAAACUUCCAAUAUGACCUGGAAAAGGAUAGACUUAUUAAUCUUUCUCCGGGACUCGUGGAAAAUCAAAGAAGUUGGCUGUCCCUGGAAGUCAUUGCGGGUCCUGCCAUUGGGCUUCAACAUGUUGUGAACUCCACAAGUUCCUCCAAGCUGCCAGUGAAACUUGGAAGGGUUUCUCCUUCUGAUUUGGCAUUGAAGGACUCAGAAGUCUCAGGAAAACAUGCACAGAUAACAUGGAACUCUACUAAAUUGAAAUGGGAGCUGGUAGAUAUGGGUAGCCUAAAUGGAACUCUCGUAAACUCUCAGUCAGUAAGUCAUCCUGAUUUAGGCAGCCGGAAGUGGGGUAACCCUGUCGAGCUUGCAAGUGAUGAUAUAAUAACUUUGGGAACAACUACAAAGGUCUAUGUCCGUAUCUCAUCUCAGAAUGAGUUUCAGAUACCCUUCAAAAUUGGUGUGGCCUCAGAUCCCAUGGCUGUACGUCGAGGAGGCAAGCAACUUCCGAUGGAAGAUAUUUGUCAUUACAAGUGGCCGCUUCCUGGGGCUAAUAAGUUUGGACUGUUUUGUGUUUGUGAUGGACAUGGGGGAUCAGGGGCUGCUGAAUCCGCAAUCAAAAUUAUUCCGGAGGUUCUAGGGAAUAUUUUAUCAGACUCGCUGAGGAAGGAGAAAGUGUUAUCAAAAAGGGAUGCUUCGGACGUCCUUAGGGACAUGUUUGCUAAAACUGAAGCUCGCCUCGAUGAACACCAAUAUGAGGGUUGUACAGCUACUGUUCUCUUGGUUUGGAAAGACAAUGAAGAAAACUUCUUUGCACAAUGUGCCAAUCUUGGGGAUUCAGCAUGUGUUAUCCAUCUUGAUGGGAGAUGUAUACAAAUGACUGAAGAUCAUCGAGUGGUGAGCUUGAGCGAGAGAAAACGAUUCCAAGAAGCAGGAGUACCCUUGAGAGAUGGAGAGACUCGGAUCUUCGGUAUAAACCUUGCGAGGAUGCUUGGAGACAAAUUUCCAAAGCAGCAAGACAGCCGUUUCAGUGCAGAGCCAUAUAUAAGUGAGCCUUUGCGUAUCGAUCAACCUAGUAAAGAUUUCUUUGCUGUAUUGGCCAGUGACGGGUUAUGGGACGUGGUAAGUCCGAAGAAAGCUGUGCAGCUGGUACUUCAGAUGAGAGACAAAGAGAGAGGGACAGAGAAUAGUGCAGAGAAGAUAGCAAACGGUCUGCUGAAUGAAGCUAGAGCGAUGCGUACAAAGGACAACACCUCCAUUAUUUACUUAGGGUUCGAUACUUCCCUGUAAUGUUAGGAAACAUCUUUUUAAGAUAUUUGGGCAGUGUCUUUCUUUUGUGUACUAUCUUUUCAUGUAUUAGUAUUAUUGUUAGGGUAUAAGAGAGACAAAAAAAAACCUCAGGUGCAGAGCUUUAGGAUGGUUCGUCUGGUGAGCGACAUUGGUUUCAUCUCUUACUUAUAUAAUUAAUAAUAUUAUCAGUUAAAAGAAAGUUUCUGUUUCGUAUUUAUAUUAUUUGGUAAGAAUGAAUUUCAUCAGACGAGUUAAUAAAAUUUUGAUUUAUGU